GUCCCAUCCAAACGUUAACCCCAUCCUCACCCCUAAUUUCCUUCUUCCUCUACCGUCGCUCUUAACUCUCACUCUGAGAGAGGAAGCGUAAAAACAAAACAAAAACAAAAAAAAAAGGAAAAAAAAAAGAAAGAUCUCCAUUUUCCCAUACAGAUUUCUCUAUGAAAUUCUGAACCCUGAAUUUUAAUCCAAGAAAUUCUGUACCAAAAUGUCUCACAUAGUGUUCCAAACAGCGCAAAUCAUGCCCAUCGCCCCUAUCACCAAAACCUUAUCAUCCAAACCCUCGUUGCCAGCCGGUCUUGAAAGGCCACCGGUGGCUCCUCCUAUCGCUGUUAAGCUCCGUAAGUCUUCUUUCACAAUAAAGGCGUCCUCGGCGGUGGUUGAUGGUGAUGUUAUUGCUGGCCUCGAGCGGUGUUUUCAGACUUCGCCUGCUCGUGAUGUUCCGUCGCCUUCGCCUUCUGGUUCUCUGGACUUCGGACCGGUUAUGAAGGGAGGGCAGUACGGCGCGUUUGGUGCUGUUACUUUGGAAAAAUCGAAGCUUGAUUUGACGCAAAAGCAAACGAAGUCUAGUCCCGAGCUUUCUACUGGGGGAGGAGGCGGUAAUAUGGGCAAGGGGCUUAGUCAUGGUGGCGGUGAUGGUGGCGAUGAUGGUGGCGAUGAUGAUGAUUACUUUGAUGACUUUGAUGAGGGCGAUGAGGGAGAUGAGGGUGGACUGUUUAGACGGCGAAUUGUUCUGCCAGAGUUGUUUGAUCGGAAAUUUAUUGACGCUGUAUUGAAUGAGUGGCAAAAGACAAUGAUGGAUUUGCCCGUUGGAUUACGUCAAGCUUAUGAAAUGGGUUUGGUCAGCUCUGCUCAAAUGGUGAGAUUUGUAGCAAUCAAUGCGAGGCCUACAACUGAGAGGUUCAUAUCCAGGGCACUUCCGCCUGGAAUAUCUAGGGCUUUUAUUGGCAGGAUGAUUGCAGAUCCUGCCUUUUUAUUCAGGGUGCUGCUUGAGCAGGCAACUACUAUUGGUUGCUCCACUUGGUGGGAAAUCAAGAAUCGCAAAGAGAGGAUAAAGCAGGAAUGGGAUCUUGCGCUUAUUAAUGUGCUUACGGUGACAGCUUGCAAUGCCAUGGUGGUUUGGUCACUUGCUCCAUGUCGUUCAUAUGGAAAUACCUUCCGUUUUGAUUUGCAGAACACACUGCAAAAACUCCCAAAUAAUAUCUUUGAGAAGAGCUAUCCACUUAGAGAAUUUGACUUCCAGAGGAGACUUCAUUCUUUUUUCUACAAAGCCGCAGAGUUGUGUAUGGUUGGAUUCACUGCCGGAGCUGCACAGGGUGCUGCGUCCAACCUUGUUGCCCAUAAGAAGGAGGGAAGGUUAUCUGUGACCAUUCCAUCUGUGAGCACCAAUGCACUCGGUUAUGGAGCUUUCCUUGGCCUAUAUGCAAAUUUACGAUAUCAAAUGCUGUGUGGUUUUGACAGAGCAGUUACCAGCUACUUUGAUGUUAUUGGAGUAGCUCUGUUCUUUAGCACAGCCCUGAGGGUACUGAAUGUUCAACUAGGAGAGACGUCAAGGUUGGCUUGGCUUGGGGUGGAGGUUGAUCCAUUGGCUAAUUCAGACGAUCUCUUGAAGAAGGCUUACAGUAGACCAGCUGAAGGGGUCAAUCAGCCUUCUUCAAAGUGGUUCAUAUCCAAGAAUGCUAUUGUUUCUGGGCUCGGACUUCUUGGACUUAAACAAGGUCAAAGUGACUAUAUCGUAGAUGGUGAGGCGCCUCCCCCCAAGGCUCGAAGAAAGAGAAUUGUUCGGAAAAAGGUCGCAACAAGUUGAGGCAGGUUUAAGUUUCAUUCCAUUGUCAUCAACUCUUCAAUUUUGUAGCGAUAUAGCUACUAACAGACAUGCCCUCAAUAGAAGCCGAUUGGGACAUAAUUUGAUGAUAAACCUUGUGGAAGUCCUGCCACAUGAUCGCAGGCCAGGCGGCGUGUAACUGUAUGACUGGUGAUACUUGGCAAUAUUCAUUUAUUAGCGCAUUGCGCUCCAAAUUUGGCUUUUGAUGAUUGUAACAAUAAAUUUUUGGAAUACGGAUUGAUCUUCUUUUUCACCCCUCCUGUAAAACAGUUCCUCUGUGAAUUUCUGCUUAAUUGUCUUAAAUUUCUUCCUUUUUGGGACCAUGAAA